GAAACCCCGGACUGAAAAGCGAUCAGAGCCGGUGAAUGAGCGGAGUCUCUCAGCUGUAAAGAGGAUUUUCCCGAGGUUUUUAAGUUCUCUUUUAUGUCGGAGUGACAGACAACAUGCUGAUCAAAGAGUUGUAAGUAAAUUAACUUUCUUCUGCCGGUGUUUAUUAUAGAGAUCCAAACGUUGCUAGGCUAGUGUGUUUCACCACUCAGCCGGGUUGAACUUCAUACACACUUGUAUCAAGUUAAAAGUUUGCUCGCUUGUUUGCUGAAAUUUGUACAUACUAGGUUUAUUUAGCUACUAUAUGUCAUUUUUAGUUAUUUCGGCAUCGAUAAGUUAAGCUUUAAGAUGAUUAAAACAUCGGUAAAACUUCAGUGAAGGUUUUAGUGCGGUUGUUUAGGAUGAACUAAUUGCUCUCACUACCGUGUAAUUUGCUUGGAGGAGGGAGGUUGAGGGUGCGGCGACACACCACUUAAAGUUAGAAAAACUCAAGAUUAUAUUCGUUAUAUGAAACAUUUAUGGGAGCUGAAUAAGAGCUUUACUUUCAAUUGCUUUGAAAGUAUAUGGAUUUGUACUUCCAAGGGCGCGAGUGCGAAUGUAUGAUGUAAGCAACCUAAAAUUAGAACUUUUUUGAAUGGGGUUUGGUUUGUAAGAGUUUUAAAGGAAAAAACUGUACGUUUCCCCUACAGGACUUGAUUGAAAGAAGUGAAUGAAUGAGCCCUUUCACCUGUACAAUCUUAUUACUCCCAAGCCAGGCGCUUUUAUGACUCUCAUGUCAUAUGCACAUCAUUGCUUGAACAACAUUCAGUAGCUGGCUGUCAUCUGAUCAUGGUGCAAAGUGCACUAAAAGGGUCAGCCAUGUUUAAUAAGCAUGCUAAGAGGAUCAACUUGAGAAUGCAGAAAUCCUGCUUGCAAAUUUAGAGAAACUGGCAUAUUUUAGCUCUACAAUAGGGCCAGAACCUGAAAGCUAUGCAAUGUUUCCACCUAUGUGUGAGUGUAUGCAUAUUUUUCACCAAACAAUCCAUCAAGUUCAUGCCAGGCGGGCUCCUCUGUCACUCUGAUCUGUUCUUAUGAAAUAUUCAGGCCCUGCUAGACUAGCAACAGGUGGUGAUUAAUUGGCUAUUGUGACAAGGCACACCAGAGAAGGAUACUCAAAAAGGAUACACACGCAGCAUUUCCACAUCAGGCUCCAGGGUUAUUUGUCGUCUCAUGAUGGUUUUAUAAUUUCCUCUUCCUCUUAUUUAUGUUCCCAUGAUAAGCUGACACUCGAUUAGAUUUAACUGUUUUUACACAGAUUUUUAUGCAGCACAGAUUGUGAAUUAAUCAUGUACUUGUGAUGAGAUGAUGGGGUUUCUUUUUUACUUAUUAAAGCUGGUAUGAGCUUACUGCUGCUGCUUUCAUUUUGAAAACAUUUUGAAAGAAUAACUUUGACUUCUGUAAGUCCCCAACUUUGUCAGUUCAUUAAAAAUCAGCAGGGGUGCAAGAUAUCAUCAGCAUGAUAGAAUUGUUUGCAGACAUUAGCCAAAAAAGAUUCUGAUAUGAAAACUUGUGCUGAUGUAAUUGUCAGGCUAAAAAGUUACACAUAAAUUAUGUGUACCUGUUGAGAGUUUCACAUGCUAUAUUGAAGUAUUGCAAACAGAUGAGGGAAAAUAGACGGUGAAUCAAUAAUGGCCAAAGAGAGUUUGAAAACUUCUGCAAAAAAUGCAAUACUGUGCACAAAUAACUUGAAGUGACUCUUUAUUAUAGUAUCCAAUGACAGGGCAAAAUAUGGACAGGCCCAUGGCUCCAUAAAUCUGCAGAAUAAUCUGAGAUCUGCAUUUAUCCAGCUGUGCUGCAGUGGUAUUUAGUUUUCUUUUUGAUGAACUGAAAAAGAUCGUAGAAUUUUUUAAAAAUGUGAUAUAAUUAAGCAGAAACCCACUUUGAUUUUUAACAGUUAAUUAAAACUCCAGGUAUUUGGGACACUUAAGUUCAUACAGAAGUCCUGGAUCAUACCAGGAGAAGGUCAAGGUUCUGUCCCGUGUUAGCACACUGACAUGCACUUCCUCUGUUCUCUUAUUGCUUUAUUUUGUAUUGUGUAUCUGCUUUGAGUGUGAAUCUCAUGUAUUUUCUUCUUCUCUUUCUAGCCGGAUUGUCCUGCCUAUUUCAGUGGAGGAGGUAAGGACUCAACUGUUUCUUUGAAUUGGUUUGGGACGAUAAUUUGUGGUGCCAUUUAUAUUCACAUUUACUCGGAUUAUUCAUAAAAAACAGACAUGUUGGCAACAACAUAACAACGAAUCCUUUCAUAUUGAAUUGUAUUACAUCGCAUCAUAUGGAAUCGCAUCGCAUCACUUCAUAUUGCAUUGUAUCGCAUCAUAUCGUCAUCUUGCAAAUCUGUUUUUGGCAUCUCAGCAGAUCUCAGAUGUAAGAACUCAGGGAUUUUCUGAUAACUGAGAAAUUGUUAUAAAACUGUUGAGGUGUUGUGUAAGUUAAGUAAGACAUCUGUUGAAAUAUCACUGUAGUAUCUUUAAAACCAAAAUAUCACUAUUUGGUUUUGAAAGAAGAAACAAGUAAACUCAAAGUCCCCACUGUUUUAGGUUGCACUGCUGUGAAUUGAUACAUAUAAUACUGUAACACUGUAAGGAAAUAUUGCUGAAUGAAUUUGUGCUUGAAGUUCAAGUUUCCCACCUUUUUCAGAUUUUUACUUCAUGCAAAACCAUCAGGGUUUACUCUCCUUCAUUCUGAGCUUCCAUUUUCUCACCCUGUUGGGUCAUUAAUCCGAAUUCUUCUUGCAACACUGUACUCUUUGUCGUUUCCAAUGCCUUACUCAACUUAAAAGGCCUGUGUUUCACUAAACUACGUAAUAAGCGUUUGCUGUGUGACCGGAUUUUCCUCUUAUCCCUUUCAGUGUGAAUCUGGAUUCUUGUGUAAGUUGAGUGUCACAGCUCUGAGCUCAAGCAGGAUUAAAUCAGAGUGCAGUUUGUACUUGGUGAAAACACUCCACACGUGCAAGUGGGAAUUUACUACAUUUGGACACCGAGUUAGUGAUUUUUUGAUGAUUUUUGAAAUAUUUGUGACCUGCUGAUUAUUUAUUAAUGAUAUUUAAGUAGCUUUCUAGAACUGCUGAAUGCGUCUUUGUGGAGACGUAAAGAGAGAGUGUGCUAUCUAAAAUCAGAUCCUUUAACCCAUCUGCAAGCAAUGGUUUAGGAUUUACAUCAGCAUCACUCACCUCUGUGAGGAGAUUUCUGCAUGUUUUAUAGGUAUUUGGGGAUGUUUAGGUUUUGAUAUUUUAGAAAAUUGCUGUUCACACUUGCACAUCCCAGCAAUGGAUUUGAGAUACUGGUUUAGGUGAGAGGUGGUGGGGGCUGGGUAAAACGUGCAGAGGGGGGCGAGGAGGAGGAUGAGGAGUUUUAGGAUUUCAUCAUCUGCAGUACAUAACAUUAUUAAAAGAUUUAGACAAUCUGUAGAAAUCUGUACAAAAGGUGCAAGACUGGUAACUGAUACUUGCUGGUGUUACAUUUCAUUAAACAGAUAAGACUCUGCAGUGGAAAUCACAGCAACCCUCCCAAAAAUCAUUGUCUGUGAACACAGUUGCGGGUUAAAGCUGCUCAAUUAUUGCUGUUGGUCAUUUUUGAGCCUCUGUCAAGGAGCCUGUUGUAAAAUUAGACAGUUGUAUGGGGUUAAACAUGCCUCCUGUCCCGCUUUACUUUGGUGGCAAGCCAUCAGGUGAGCACCCAAAAUUUGUGGUUGUUGACGAGUAAGACAGUUGCUAUGUACAACACUGUCUCUGUCUUUUAUUUUUCCAUCUACAGUGUAGAUCCAUAAAUCCUUGAUCAUCUGCUCAGUGCGCCUUUGCUUGACCAUGUCCUCCAUUUUUGUAGAAUAACAUACCUUAAGUACUAAGGUUAAGAUUGAGGUGCAUGGAUUGUGAGAGCGCUCUCUGCUGGAUCAUACAGAAAGCUACUUCAGGCGGCAUGGUGUGCUGCUCAACUGCAUUAUUAUGAGUUCAAAUGGCUCAUAACAGUUUGAAUAUGAACUUUUUUCCAGAGCUUGAAUGAAUUUAAGGUUCGAAUCUUUGUUAAAAGUGACAGCCUAACUGAUGACUUGCUUGAGCCCAUUUGAAAUGGACUGAGGUGAAGUGGAAAACUCAUUCUCCUCUCUAAAGACUAAAGGGACCACUUGGGUUGUUAUUAGUACAUGAAAGCCAGCAUUCCCGACAGUAUAGGGAUGCAAAGGUGCCCAUGGCAUGUCUAAUUUACACAUGAUGGAUGUAACCAUUGAUACGAAACAAUAUAUCCAGGUUCUGGAGCGAUUUGUAAAUAUCUUUUAACACAUGGAACCUAAUUACUGGACAACCUUUUUGUCAAAUACGCUCAAACUGAAAUGGACAGAGUGUUAGCUGUCAGGGCUCCAGAGAGAUCUUCAGGAGGGGAUCCGGGUUUUGUUUAUGUCGAUUUUAUUAUGCUCCAAUUUUUGUUAUUUUUUCAUUUAACAAUUCCAACAGCAACACUUGUGGAGAGGCUAUGCUGUGGACUCUAGGAGUGUUGGAGUCAGUCUGGUAGUUGCCAACAUGUGUCUGAAAUGCACCAUAAGAUUUAGACUCAGUUCACUUAUGUUGAAGUGAAGACAACAACAACAAGAAGAAGAAGAAGCCCUUCACUUACACUCCAUUCCUUGACUGUCCCAUUUGACAGCGUGAUGUGACUCAGCAAUUUCUGACAGACUUGACGGUUGGAGUUCUUCGUCUCAACAUGUUUGGUCCAUUGUUGAUGACCAUCUUCAAUCAGGUUCAACCUGUUGCUAAUUUAGAUCUGAACGUCAUGUUCCCACCCUGGAUCGGGCUUGUAAAAGGCACGCAUCACAUCAGAGUGUAUUCCUCACAAAGAAAACACUCUGGUUGUACACGAAGAGUCACAUUCCUGAGCUCCUGCUCAUAGUGGUACGGCAGAGCAUCCCCAACUACCUAAGUAGGUUAGUGGCCUGCAGCAGAGCUGUAGGAGAGGGCCCGGCUCUCAGAUUUUCUCCCACAGAUCGAAGCAGAAGUGUCAAAUCAGAUCAUUAGAGAUGUGCUGAUAUAUCAGCUGAGUAUCAGUGUCUGUGAACACUCACUCUGCCGACAGUUCCCAGCCUGUUUGCACUUACCAACAACUAAAAAUUCCUUACUGAGUUUGUGAUUAUAAAGAAACUGGAGAUUCUUUUAGAGUGACUUUUUCUGUGGCUGAAGGUUGAAUUACAUUUGAUAAACUCAUGUAAUGGAGUUUUUCUCAUUCAAAGAUGUGUGACGAUGGCCUGGAUGUUGUCAUGUUGCUUUUGCUAACUUCCUGUCACCAGUACAGCUUACAACGCUUACUACAACAGAAGCUACUAUCUGUCCUUGUUUCAAUUCAGAACUGUAACAUGGCCAACUCGGUUCAGUUCCAGCUCCGACUUCUGAGGUACAUAGAAUAAAAAUAACCUUAUUUAAGCAGCAAAGGGAAAUUCAAUUGUCUAUAGUCUCAUUUGUCAUGUCUCAAAAAGUCAUCCACUAUUUAUAGAAGAAUUAUAGAGUCUGAUGUCUGUGGGUACAAAAGAUCUUCUGAGUAAGAGGAACAAGAUGUUACUCUUGGUUUAACAAUAGUUUUUCAAAAUAAAAGCUUCGGCUAGGUAGCUGUAGUUAAAACCUUGUUCACAUUCGUUUAAGUUGGAUCCAUUACAGCUUUUUUAAUCAUAACAAAAUAACCCUCAGUUACUCCAUCCACAUUGAUAUUUUAACUGCAUGCCCUGAUCCAACAUUACGUGGCCCAUCAUUUGGGUAACUACAAUGUUUCCUCUGUGUGUGUAUUUGUGUGUUUAGAGGGAGUGUGUUGUCCCUGCCCGGCCCAGGCUGGCUGGCUGGCUGGGGCACCAGUCGUCGUGAGUCACUCUUUCCAGUGUCACAACACUUUUGCCUGGCUCAGGGCGGGUUUGAACUUCAGGGGUCGGAAGAAGAGGAAGAGAAAACGUGUACAAAAGGCUUAGUCUGCUGUUUUUUUGUAUCUAGGCGCUGGAUUCUGCUGUGUCUGGAGUGUGCGUAAAGGAAAAGGGUUAACUUGCGGUCAUGUGGUAAUGGUUAACUGAGGUCAUGCAGAGUGACUCUUCAGGGGUUUUGGACUUGUCUUUAAAUACUGUUCAGUCCCUCUUGGGUUGUUUAUAUGGUUUUAUAAUCUGUUCAGCAUUAGUUGGCACAAUGAUAGGUCUGUUUUCCCUCCAGUGCUUAAGUUCUUUGGUGGCCAGACCUUUAAGUUUGAAUUAUGAAGAUUGCAUUCUGUAUAACAACCAGCAGGGGGCACUGGUUCAGCUCAUUAAAUGAAUCUUGCAUGUGGUCCUCUGAACAGGUUUGACUCACUCCCUCAGCCCUUUGCUGCACGUCACUUCCCACUUCUGCUUCUCUGCCUCUGACAUUAUCAACUGUCCUUUACUGUCAACACAGACAUGAAAAAAGAUAUGAGUGACCUGUUUGAAAAGCUGCAAAUGUCCAUGGGUGAUGAAUCAAACCUAAAUCACAUAUACAAGUUGAACCCUCAGUCCAUUUAUAUUCACAUAAAGCUCCUUCAAAGUAAGUCCAGCAGCAUCGUGGUGCUUUAGCGAUCAAAAACUUCAACUGCAAGACAAAGAAGGUUCCCACCUUGAGUGGAAAAUGACCACCAAUGACCGUAGCGUGACCUCAAGUGCCACACUCCAGGUCAUGUGUCAACAAGCUCAUCCUCUUAUGCCAGUGCCAGUACGAGUCAAAGAUCAUUCAUUUCCUACCACGCUGAGAGGCCGAGUCAAGAGCAAUGAAUUAUUAGAUUAUCUCUCUCAGCUUCUCUGCCCUGAGGUGAUUGCUGACAAGUUUUCACUGGUGCAGACACUUUUUUCUUAUUGUCCUGAAACUCAGGGAGCUCCAGUGUGACUGUUUUUAAAAUUGAACAGUUAAAGUGGUAGCAUUGGGCUGCCCCGUUCAUCAAUGUUUCUUUACAAGCAUUGCAAAUAGCUGGUUUUAUGUUUUUAGCCUUGUUAUGAGCUGUAUAUUAAAGUGAUCCAAUAACAGUUUUUCAAAGGCUGAUACUGAUAAUCAGAGAAAAGUUAGACCAAUCAUCGAUAUUUAGUACCAAUAUCACAAAGUUGUUUUUUGCUUUAAUUUACAGCAGUUUCAAAUAUUAACAAACGGGAAAAAAGCUGCUGAACCUAAUAUCACCACAAAUGAAUUUUGGAAUGUUUGUUCAGCCUUCUUAAAUUAUUAAGGAGGAGAUCAAAUUACAAAGAUUAGAGAGAUUUGAGUUUUAGGAGAAAUCGUUUCAUGCACAUUAAAACCAAAUAUUUCUUGUCAUCUUAGCUAGUAACUUAAAUAGAUUUUUAAUGAUCUUAGAAAACAUACUUGUGGCUUUUGAGGGAUGAUGCUAACAAGAUGGCGACUGGUAAAAAUUGGAUUAAUCAGCCAUCCGAGUAACCCAUCUAUUUCUAGUGUAUACUGGUGCUGUUGGACCAAUUGAUGGCAACUGAAAUAACCAGUGCUGGCCAAAGUCUGUCCUCAUAAGGCAAAGUUAUGUAAAUAAUGUCUGCAGACAAUAAAGGCAGCUUUGUCAGUGUGGCUGCUGUUGGGUAAUGUCUACAGAUUUUUCUAAUCCUAAUUGACAGCAUAUCAAAUAUGGAGGAGUUACUGUCUGUUGAGAGGGUCAACUCUAAAAUCACAACUGUAUUCUCCUUUUCUGCCUUCAGUACCAAGUGGGUCAGCUGUAUGCUGUAGCAGAGGCCAGUAAAAACGAGACAGGUGGAGGAGAAGGUGUGGAGGUGAUAGAGAACAGGCCCUACGAGGAAGAUGGAGAGAAAGGACAGUACACACACAAGAUCUACCAUCUGAAGAGGUAAGCUGCCGAGCUCUGCUUCAACACCUGGUCAAGACAUCCAGGAAUCAUUGAGGUGUAAAUCUGAUUACUUGUGCAGAGACAGUUUGAGGAAACAACACAAAUCUUGUGUCUAAUGAGGAGUUUUUCUUUUGUUUCUCUUCAGUAAAGUUCCAUCCAUCCUGAGUAAGGUCGCUCCUGAAGGAUCUCUUCGUGUUCACGAGAAAGCCUGGAAUGCAUAUCCUUACUGUCGGACCAGUGAGUACAACAACACAGCACACACACGUCACCUUUAGACCUCUGUACCCUGCUAAUCCAGUACAGGGCGCUGCAGGAGCUGCAACAGAGCCGGAAAUGUAUCCUCUUUGAUUCACAUUAUAUAACUGGUGUUUGUUAUUUGUCUCUCUUUUCUUGCUCAUCCCUGAUCUGACCAUCCAUGUUGACCUCCUCUUCUGAUGCAGUCCUCACGGUAAUAAUUACCUCUUUUACAUUCUUUGAAUCCACCACAUACUUCUUCUUUGAAACAUUUAUAAUGCUCAUUAUUUCUGUUCACUGGCCAAAAGAGGAACUCAUGAACUUGUUUAUUCUGUGCAUCAUUCAGUCUGCUUUUGUAUCUUAACCACCUGUCAUUUUCUAUGUUUUGCAUCUGUGUUGACUGACCUCUCUUUUGUUCACAGAAUGAAUACAUGAAAGAGAAUUUUGAGAUUAAGAUCGAGACAUGGCACAAGCCUGAUAUGGGGGAUACAGAAAAUGUAAGUCCACUGCAUACUCCAAGUUUCCUUACUUGAUGUAUGGAGGUGUUUUACACAAGUCAAACUGGCAAGACUCCUUUAGCUGAUUGAUUUUGAUGAGUCAGUUUGUUUGCAGAGGUCUGUGUUUAGGGCUGUAUCCAUGGCAACAAUGUGCUGUCAUGGAAUAACAGACUGUUGCUGUGGAGUAUUGACCAAUCAGAAGCCAGUAAUGAAUACAGCUGUGUCAUAAUUUUGCUGUUCUAGUAAAAUUUUCAUCUAUAAUGUGACUUUGUUGCUGACAAAGGACGAGUUAUGAAUUUCAUAAGUAAUCUUAAGAGGUAACUCAUCCGGCUGCUUGAAUUUUCUUUCUGUGCUGCAGGUACAUGGACUGGACAAGGGUACCUGGGACCAAGUUAAAGUAGAGGUCAUUGACAUUGCUGACAGAAGUGCUGUAAACCCAAAGGUAAGGGUCACUAUUGCAUUUGCAGAAACAAACCCAGACUCUGGGUCCCUCACUUCCCUGCACUGUUAUUUUGUCGGUGAUAAGAAUACUUCGACAAUAUUAGAUUCAGCUCUUUCAUAUGACAAAAGUAAAAUCACACCAGGAUUAUAAAAUUAAAAUCCAGACAGUCGUGUUGAAUUAAACCUUGACAUGUUCAGAUUACGUUGGCGAGUGAUUAAUCAGUGAUAUCAGUGUCCACAAUCCUCUCAUGGUAAAUUAUUUCCUCAGGAGAAUUGUCCCAAACCCACUUCUGCUGUUUUUUUUGUUUCACUGUUUAUCACUGAACUUGUUGCAAUUCAUUGUGCAGGACUACAAAGAAGACCAGGAUCCAGCCAUAUUCAAGUCUGUGAAGACUGGACGAGGGCCUCUGGGACCAAACUGGAAGGUAAGUCCACCUCCAGUCCCCCUCUCUGUGGCUCAACUAUACAAGGCUGUGAAGCAUAAAAACCUGAAGACGGUGUGUUUGUAACAUGUCUGUUUUUCUGUUCGUUCACAGCAAGAGAUCGCUAACAGCCCCAGCUGUCCACACAUGUGCGCCUAUAAGCUAGUCACUGUAAAAUUCAAGAUGGUGAUGUUGGGAAGUACUAUAGAAUCAAUGAUCCAGAAGGUAAAAAAUCCUGUUUUUAUUUCAAAAAAUGAAAUACAAUGUCUUAAAGUCAAACCUUAGGGCUGAACAAUCAUAUUUUAUUCAUUUAGCCUAGAAUUGAGCUUCUAUAUUUUAGUGGACAUAAACCUUGAAGUUAUUUUGUAUUUUAACUGUUGUCUAAUCUUCCUCUGCUGUCUGUCUCACACUCAUCCAUUCUCUCUCUCUCUCUCUCAUUCAGACGGAGAAACGCUUGUUCACUAAUUUCCACAGACAACUGUUCUGCUGGAUUGACAGAUGGAUCGAACUGUCAAUGGACGACAUCCGACGCAUGGAAGAGGAGACAAAGAGGGAGCUGGACGAGGUGACUGAUUUAAUAUCCUCCACACUAACACCACAUUUGUGAAAUUAUAGCUGUAUCAGUCCAGUUUGGAAGGACCUCGGACACGAAGAAGUCAUGAUCCUUCAAGUCUGCAUGAGCAAAUAGAAAAGAAGUUGAGGAUUUGUCAUCUACAGUACAUAACUUUAUUCAUAAGGUUUGGAGGAUCUGAGGAGAUUUCUGUGCAAAUCCAGUACUGGAUGCACAUGAACCUCCAUUCAAUAGAUUGUGUAAAAAAACAGAUAUAACUCUGUAGUGGAAAUCACUGCAUGGUCUCAAAAUCACAUCCAGAAACCAUUUUUGUUAUCAUCCAUGUAAGAUAGACUGCAGUGAAGGGGAAAACUUUUACUGUGACCUGGCAUGGACCAUGGACAGUACAUGUACAUCCAGAUCUGAAGAUGUGGCUCGUUAUCAGCAGCACCUAGUUCAAAGCCAGCAUCCCUGGUGGUAUGAAGAUGAAUAUGUGUCCAAGGCAAGGGUUGUUUUCCCUCUGUUAAUGCUGAACAAUAUAUACUGGUUUUAGAGCAACAAGCUGCCAUCCAGACAAAGACUUCUUCAGUGAAGACCUUGCAUAAUAUAGUGAGACAAUGCCAAACCACAUCCUGCUUGUAUUACAACAGCAUGUGUCCAAAGUAGAAGAGUCUGGUCUGCCUAUUAUGAACAUUUGGUGCAUCAUGACACACACACACAAAAAAACCAACAACAAAUGAGAUCCCAACAAAUGAACUUUCAAUUGAAUAUCAAUAUUCAAUACAUUUUUAGUAAGCCUUCAAAUAACCCAUCUUAAUGGAAAAUAAUAUAGCUGAAAUUGUCUUUUUAAUACUGUGUAAAUAAUGUGUCAUUUUGACUUUUCUUUCCACAGAUGAGAGAGAAGGGUGAAGUAAGAGGCAUGAGCGGUGAGGAAAAAUGA